CGAGACUCACUCCCUCACUGUCUCGUGUCAUGUGACGGUCCCGUGAUCCAAUGCGGAAAAAGGGAUUUGAGCAGCGACAGCACAGACGCAGGCGUUAGCUUGAUCAUUAUUAUUAUUGUUUGUCUGAUCAUUGACUCUCCUCCUACCAGCCCACACACACACAGACACACACACACACACACACACACAGACAGACAUGGACGGAUCUGUCAGAGCAGCUUCAGACGGAGCAGCCGGGCCGCCGCCGUAUUACAGAGGCAAUGAGAGCUCGCUGGUCUCAGCCCUGAAGACUCUGCUGUUCUUCACCAUCCUGAUGGUCACGCUGCCCAUCGGACUCUACUUCGCCUCCAAGGCGUACAUCUUUGAGGGUAAGGCUGGUGACACAGCUGAGUAUUCUUAUAUUCUCUGUACAGUCUCUCAAACACUAAAUUCUUCGGUAUGUGAGCAUUAG